GAAGGGAGAUGACUUCCGCCCACACACGAUUUCGUCUGCCUAUGAAAAGUCACAUCACAAUCGCCCAGCUCUGAAAGCGGAACUUUUCCAACCUCCAGCACCGGAGAUGUUAGAGAAGCUGAAGGAGGCCGAUUCCCGUGGAGCUCAGGGCGGAGCUAAACAUGGACGUCCACACAGUACUGUGAGUGCGUCGCCAUACUCGCGACCGUCUGCUACAAUCAACAAGAUGCAGCCAGUCCUCCCACCGCUUGGGCCCAAACCCAAACCCAAGGCUGUGCCACCUCCUAUGGUGCCUCAUACAGUUUCCCAAUCGCCGAUCUACGCAAACGCCGCUGAGAUAGCUCAGAUGGCUGCUGAUAAGAAGAAGGACGUGGAGCCAGUGAUCGUCCACUCCCCCGACAGCGACACAUCGUCCUCGCCCCCAACCCCAUCUAAUAAUGCUGCUGCACAGCCGUCCCUGACUCAAUCAGAUAUGUUGGACCUUCAGGAGGCCAUCAAGUCACUUGAUAGCUGCACCGCAGCCUUAAAUGUUGAAUAUGAUAGCGACGAGGAUGAUGUACAUAAGACUAGAAACGGAAGCCCAGACAGCCUGCAACAAAUGCAGCAGAAUUCCCUGGAGUUAGCCGAGGCGAUACGGGAAUUGGAGGCGAGUACCGCAGCUCUGGAAUGUACGUACGACACCCAGAGCCACACCAGCCACACAUCGCUACAGUGCUCCAGUGGCUACGGCACCAUGAACAGUACGCCGUCAGGAUCAGAGGACACCAUAGCCUCAGGAGAUUUUCAAAUAGCUCCUACAGGCGUCGUGGAAACUGAUCACGAGAAAUAUUACACGAUUCCGCGCAGUCGGGACGUGUAUACUGCCUAUCGUAGUGUAUUGCAACCCAAACGCCCUGCGUCAACAGCAGGCAUCCCGACCCCAACAACCAACAACAGUCUUUCACGCCGCACACUUCUGCCAACAGCGCCAGGCCCCCUCCCCCUCAACGACAAGGUCAUCCUCAUCCUCAAGGACACUCAAGUGGACACCCACAAGGUCAUGGUCAUCCUCAAGGUCAUGGCCAUCCUCAAGGUCAUGGCCAUCCUCAAGGUCACCCACAAGGCCAUGGCCCAGGUCAUCCACCAGGAUAUUCUCAAGGUCAUGGCCCAGGGCAACAUCAAGGACAUGGUCCAGGGCAACAUCAAGGACAUCCUCAAGGUCAUGGCCCAGGGCACCUUCAAGGACAUCAAGGUCAUGGACAAGGGCACCCGCAAGGACAUCCUGCAUCACCCCACAACCACCAUCAACAGAGACGUAUCCCACAACAUCACCGGCCACAGCAGCAGGCGCCGCACCAACAGCACAGUGGAGGGUCAGCUUCGCCUAGCAGAGCGGCCCCAGGAAGUAGUCCCCACUAUGCAGAGCCUCACAUUAUACUGGAGCAAACACACGGACAUGCCAAUGUUAUACAAAGCCUGA